UCCAUGCGUGAUGCUACUCCACUAGCCUUUGAUAUAUAGAUCCCACCCCCAGCUUCCGUGCAACUCCUUCUAUGCCAGUACCACACAAGAAUCAAGUACUCCAGAUUGCAGCCAACACCCACAAUUAGGAGAGACUGAAACAAAGGUCGAGCAAAAAUGGCGGAGUUCGCGCUUGGUUUGACCAAGGCGGCGGUGGAAGGGACGCUCAUCAGGGUGAAGUCGGCGAUCGAGGAGGAGACGAAGCUGAGGGUGCGUGUGCAGGAUGACCUUGUGUUCAUCACUGGAGAGUUCCAGAUGAUGCAGUCCUUCCUUCGCGCCUCCAACACGGGGGAGCGUGCAUCCCAGAACCACGUGGUGCGGACGUGGGUGAGGCAGCUCCGUGACCUCGCCUUUGAUGUCGAGGACUGCGUCGAGUUCGUCGUCCACCUCGACAAGGCGUCGCGUUGGGACUGGGUGCGGCGCCUGACCUCAUCCCUCGUCUGCAUGGCAAGCCCGCCGCUGCCCCUGGACAUGGCGGUUGAAGAGAUAAAGCGUCUCAAGACUAGGGUGGAGGAUGUCAGCCAAAGGAACACCCGCUACAACCUCUUGGGUGGCAGCGAUGGUGUCAACCAAGACCACUCCUCAGAUCAGCAGCAUCAGCUGCUUAUGCACCUUGUACCCCGUAGUACAUCGGCAUCAUUGGCGACAUUCCACGACCUAAGGAAGGUGUGGAAGGCUAUGGGAAAGCUGCACGAUCACACCCUUGAUCUCAAAAAGUUGAUCGAUUGCCAAGACAGUGAGCUCAGAGUGAUCUCUCUAUGGGGAGAUCCGCAAGCUGAUGUUGGGGAACUUGGGUGGGCAACUAAUAAAGAAGGCGUACUAUGACCCAGACACCUGCCGAGAAUUCAGGAAUCGUGCCUGGAUAAAGCUGAGUUUGCAUCAUCCCUUCAACCCGGUAGAGUUCCUCAACAACCUGCUGGCUCAGUUCACAUCUCAUCAUCACCACCGCCACCAUGACGAUAUGUCUGAGCUCAUGCUGCAAGUAAGCAAGCAUAAGUAUCUCAUCAUCAUGGAGCAAGAACUAUCCAGUGUUGCAGAGUGGAAUGCCAUUAGAAUGUGCCUUGCAGACAACAAAAAUGGCAGCCGGAUCGUCAUCUUCACCAAGCAGUUGGGACUUGCCCUUCUCUGCACAGGAGAACCCUACCAAAUAUCUGAGCUUAAGUGCUUCUCUCAUGGUGGAUAUAUUUGUGCUAUUUUCCCUGAGGGUUGUGGGUAUCGCAGCGGCAUGGGUGAUUUCAUCUGGCAAUUAAGACGACACUGUGGUGUUAUAUCCUUGUUCUGUGAGGAUGAUUUUGAUGAAACACACUUCAGGAGAGAAUUGUAUGACAAAUUGAGAUUACUCGACAAGUCAAGCAUCCUCGACGAAGUCAAUUUUGAAUACCAGUACUUUCGUCUUUCCGAACAUCCGGAUGGUGGCUUGGCCUUUUUGGCUGUGCGAAUACUUUUGGAAUCUUACCGUGAAGAUGAACAUGAAGAUGCACAGGAAAAGCUCAUGGCGCUGGAUCAUCAUGAUUUAUUUGAAAGGUGCCGUGAGUUUCUGAAUGAACACGAUUACCUCAUUUUCAUUGAGGGCGUGGAGUCCCCAGAGCACUGGGACUUGAUAAAACAACACCUCUUAUGUGAGUCUACUAGAGCUUGUAUCGUUGUUCUUACAGGAGUUGUGAUCAACAGGAGCAUCCGGAACAAGUUAAAUCCGAGCAGCUUGUUGGGCGUGACGAUGAAGCUAAAUUCCUUGGAAACAGAAUGAACCAUUUCCCCGUGGUCACCUUCGUGUGGGGAAUUGCUGGUGUUGGGAAUCGGCGAUUGUCAGACAAUUUUAUGACUCAGGUUUUCACAGAAGCUAUUACAGAAGGCACGGCUGGGUGGAUGUGCCACAUCCGUUUAAUUUGACGGACUUGUGUCGAAGCUUGCUUCUGGAUUUUCAUUUGGAUGAUGCCGAUGCCAAAGAAACUGCAUUAAUUGGUAUGAUGGAAGGCCAAGACCCUAUUCAAGGGUGUCGUGAAAUUCUAUGUGAAAACGGAUGGAGCCUUGUCAUUGAUGGUCUGCGGUCCAUUCAUGACUGGGACUUGAUAAAAUCAACCUUGUUAUCCUGGCCUGUAAGUCGUAGUAGCACUAUUGUCAUUACACGUGAAGAAAGCAUCGCCACAUAUUGUACAGAUGCGGAAGACUGUAUUCUCAACGUCAAGGGUCUAGAAGCCGACGAUGCCAUUUUUCUCUUCAGAAAGAUAACUUUGGACGAGAAGCAACUGCCCUCCCAGGCAGAGACAAUUUCAAGGCUUAUCAUGUCCAAAUGUGGCGGGCUUCCAGAAGUAAUAGUUGCCAUAGGCAAAUACGCCCGCAAACACAUAAGGAAUGAGAUGUUCUUGGAGUCUACAAAUGCAGGCUUCAUGGGAUGUUUAGAAACUAGCUCAGUUCUUCCUAGCUUAACAAGCCUAUUUUGUUGGAUGCAAUCAUACUUUGAUGCUUGCUCGGAUGAACUAAAGCCAUGCAUCUUCUAUAUGUCAGUCUUCCCAGCGGACCAGAGCAUUAGGCGGAAUCGCUUGCUCAGACGGUGGAUCGCAGACGGUUAUUCAUCUGGUGGUGGUGGCACCGCAGAGGAGAAGGUAGAAAAGCUCAUGUCUGAGUUGAUGAAGUUGAGCAUAUUAUAUCAGGAGCAACAGAAAUCAACAAUGAUAAGAAGCUACUUCAAAGUCAAUGGUUUCUUCCGUGAAUACAUCAAGUCACGGCCAAUGGAGGAUAACCUUGUGUUUGCACUAGAGGGGGAUUGCAGCCCCAGCUCACAGCUCACUGGACAACACCUAACCAUAAGCAGCAACUGGGAUAGAGAUGAUAUUGUAUUCAAGGGCCUGGACUUGUCAAGGCUACGGUCUUUGACAGUGUUCGGUGAGUGGAGAUCAUUCCUUGUAUGUGAUAAGAUGAAGCUGCUUCGGGUGCUUGACCUGGAGGGCACUAGUAGUACAUCAGAUGGUACUGCUAGUGUAACAGAUGAGGAUCUGGAGAAGAUCGUGAAGGAGUUUCCUCGCCUCAAGUUCAUGUCCUUGCGAGGAUGCGUGCACAUCACUCGUCUCCCAGAUUCAUUGGGUUCCAUGAGGCAGCUGGAGACUCUAGAUGUCAGGCACACCUCCAUAGUUGAGUUGUCACCUGCUAUCGUCACCAAGCUACACAAGUUGCAAUACAUUCGUGCCCGGAAACACCAUCAUCACAACCAAGGAGUGGAAGGAGCAAGAGAAGGAGAACAAGGAUUCAGAGUCGGAUGAUCAUGAUGAUGAUGAGGAGGAGGAGGAGGAGGAGGAGGAGGAGAACAAGGAGGAACUAGGGGAGUCAGUGGAUGAGGACGAGGAGGAGGAGGAGAAGGAGAACAAGGAGGAUUUCGGGGAGUCAGUCGAUGAGGAUGAGGAGGAGCGGGCGAAGGAGAAGGAGAACAAGGUGGAGUCAGGGGAGUCGAAGUUGAAGGUUGAGGAGGUGGAGCAGGAGCAGAAGGAGAAGGAGCCACAAGAAGAAGAACCCGUACAAGCCAACACAUCAGCAUCCGGGUUGGUCCAGGGGGCAUCAAUAGGGUCAUGGAAGAAGAGGGUGGGUGAUUUGAGAGAAUCCUGCAGCUGGUGGCUGUCCAAGAAUGUGCGCAGACGCCGGCGUGUUGCUAGAAAUGGUGGUGGUGUUGAGGUUGUUCCUGCUGCUGCGGAGGGGAUUGGGAAGCUGACAAUGUUGCAUACACUCGGUGUUGUGAAUAUUGCAGGUGGGAAAGGCGGCUUCCUACUCCUCAAGGAGGUUAAGAAGCUUACCCAGCUACGCAAGCUUGGGUUGUCCGGCAUCAGCCGUAAAAACUGGAAGGACUUGUGUUCGGCCAUCUCGGGUCACCUUCCUCAUCUUGAGUCCUUGUCGCUACAACUGCUGCUGCUGGAGGAGGAUGGCAGCUAUGAGUUUGCUUGUUUUGAUGACAUCUCCAUCUCACCCAAGAUCCUAAAGAGCCUCAAGGUAUUUUACACUAGUACUGGAGGUGGUGCAGGCGCAGGUGCCGCAUGCAUAAGGCCAGCAUGGAUCAAUCAGUUUCCCAAUCUCAAAAGGUUUAACCAUGAGGUGAGGAUAUCAAGUCAAGAUGACAUAGAUAACAUUAUCCAUUGCCAUGAACGCCAGAUUCCAGGAUUUGAACGUGGUCUUGCAAUCAAGCCAAUUCAGCGGCAUCUCAGUGUCAGAGGAGCCCUGUUUCUGGACACCCUCGGGAUUUAUUGCAGCAGCAUAAACUCAAUGGUGUCGUUUGAAGAUGGCAGCUCAUUUAUUAAAGCACUCAGCAUUCACUGCUGUAGCUCUUGUGGUGGAUCAUCGUGCUUGCAGAUUGUUGGGCUGCGGGAUUUAGUUGAUCUCGAGCAAGUCUUGGUAAUGGGUCCGUGCAGCGACAGCUUCAAGAAAGACUUGCUUAGGCAACUCAAAAAGCAUGAAGGCAAACCGGUCCUGAGCUUCUAUAACUUGUGAUCGAUCAUAAUAGAUCGUGUUGUUGUUUGCUUCCUACUUAUUUUGUGUAUGAAUUAAUUUUAGUCAUUUAUUCACAAUUUCACAAAUGUUAA